ACAUCACAGUGGUCAACUGACGCGGUCACUUGUGCCCGCAAUAUUCGGCUUCUGACUAAAGUUCGGGAGACUAGCAAUUUCCUCCCGUGCCGAUGUGUAUGUCAAUAUGAUUAACUAAAUAAUACCCAAAUCACUUGAUUGUUUCGCUUCUUGCAGUCUGGGAUUUUCAAAAGAUCUUUCCACUUCACUUAGGAGCACGCGUGUAGGGUGUGUUGCUAAACUUUAGGACUUGAAACUUGAACAUCUGCUGAUUACUGGUGAAUCGCAAAUCGCUGAAUGGGACCGUUGGGUUAUAACGACUGAUGACAGGGUUAAGCAUGAUGCUCAAUUUCAGUUUCUUAAACCUGUUGGUGGUUAUAUAACCGGUGAUCAAGCAAGAGUCUUCUUUAUGAAGUCAGGUUUAUCAGUUAUGGUUUUGGGGCAGAUAUGGGCUCUUGCAGAUAUGGAUAUGGAUGGAAAAAUGGACAAGAAAGAGUUUUCGAUAGCUAUGUUUCUUAUCAAAAAAACAUUAGAAGGUCUACCUUUGCCUUCUACUUUGCCUCCAGGUCUCAAGAAUGAUCCUCAACCCGCAUUUAUUACUUCAGGUGUUACUCUCUCAUUGAGCUUAGUGAGCGAUUCAGGACAUAAUGGUCUUUCUUCUGUGUCAUCAAUCGAGCAAGAUUCUAAUUCAGCAUCUACCGCUUACCAGGAUUGGAUUAUAACAUCAACCAAUCGUCCACGCUAUCGACUUCUUUUCAAUCAGCAUGAUCGAAAUAAACGUGGUUUCCUCACGGGUGUAGAAGCAAGAAGUAUCCUCUCACAAUAUGGCCUUCCAAAUCCCAUACUUGCUCAUAUCUGGAAUCUUGCAGAUUUGGAUAAAAAUGGCAAUUUAAACUGCGAUGAAUUUUGUAUUGCAAUUUUUUUAAUUGAGAAAGCAAUUUCUGGAUCUCAACUUCCAAACACACUCCCUUCUGGUCUUCUUCCGUCAAAUCAACCGCGCACAUUUGGACACACAUCUCCUAGCGUCACUGCCAAACAAGAUAAUGAAUUCAAGGAAAACAGAUCAUCUCUAAGUUUUGAGGAUAAACGGAGAGAAAAUUUUCGACAAGGUCAAGCAGAACUUGAUAGACGAAAGCAGGAGUUGGCUGAAAAAAUGCGUCUAGACGAAGAAAUUCGUCUGGAGAAUGAACGAUUAGAAAGGGAAAAGCAACAGAAAUUACGUAUGGAGAAAGAGCGUCAACAAGCUGCGGAAGCUGAAAAACAGGCAGAACUUUCAAGACAACUGGAAGCUCAGCGAGAACAACGUCGUCGUCAAGCCGUUGAACAGAGGAUGAAGGCAGCACGUGAUUUAGAAAAACAACGUCAAAUAGAAUCAGAACGGAUUCGAACUGAUGCUCUUUUGAAGGAGCGUAAUCAUAUGCAAACUUUGCUCGAGCAGGCUGUUGCCCAUCGUGCAAGUUUACUUGAAUCAGCAUCAUCUCAACAACAACGGUUAUUGGAAUUGGACUCCCGUCUUAAUGUCGCACAAACUGAAGUUGAUUCCCAUAAAACAAGUAUUAAUGAAAUGCGUAGUAAACGUGAUGCUUAUGAGCGUGAUAUUCGAGAUAUGACUGAACAAGUGGAAGCUGCAAAAGCUGAACUUACUCAUUGGCAGAGAGAAAAAGAACAAUUAAGCUUACGAAUGGCUGCUGGAGUAGAUAUGAAUCCCGUUAUGGAACAGUAUAAGACAUUACAGUCAAUGCGUGAAGCACGUAUUAAAACAAUUGAACAAUUAAGAAAUAAGUUAAAUGAAUUAGAUCAAAAUAUGACCCAGCAAGGUCAUGAACUGGCUACUAGACGUAAUAAAAUCGACGAUUCUCAAGAUCGCGUCACACGGACAAUGCUUGAUUUAGUUGAUUUACGACAUUCUGUUGAACAGAAAAUGCAAGCAUAUAAAUUAAAAAGAAAAUCUACUGAUUUAUCCACAUCCACUUCAACCACACAAAAAGAGUUAUAUGAAGCAAUGUUCGACUUCACUGCUAGACAUCCGGAUGAAUUAUCAUUUACAACUGGAACAUUAAUUGAUGUUUUUGUAAAUGCUCCGAUUAAUGUUGGUCCAGGUUGGUUGUAUGGUCAAAUUAAUGAUAAAGUUGGCUUAUUUCCUGAAACGUAUGUACGAAAAAAAGUUGAUGGGAAAAUUGAUCCAUUUGAUCCUUUUGGUGUUCACAAAAUAACAAAUACUUGUGUAUCAUCGGGAAUGAUGACAACAACAACAAUACCUACUACAAUUAAUACGCCUAAUACAUUUAGUGCAAUAAAUACUAAUAACAGUUUGACUGAGCCAGCAAAUGAUAAUUUAGCGGCAAGUAAAACAACAACAAAACUCAGUGAUAUUACAUUUCCUAACAAUGAUUUUUAUGGUAAAGUACAAGAAAAUUGGAAUGUAUCAAUGUCUACAAUAACUUUACCUGAAAAUAUACUGACAGACCAAUUUCUAACAGUAACAGUUGACGAUCACGUGAAAAUUAUCAAAGAAAACGACAAUAAUAAAGAAUGGUAUUUUGGUGAAAUUACUGAUAAAUCUGGUAUUGUGAAUAAAGGAUGGUUUCCAGCUUGUUGUUUAAAGCCUUCUACUAAGUUCAAUACGUCUAAUAUAAAUCAAAAUGGGCUAAAUAUCUCUUCAUCAUCAAAUAGCUCAUCAAAACAACCGGACAUUCUAUUUUCAUGUAUUGCAUUAUAUCCGUAUGAGUCGAAUGUACCAGGCGAUUUGAAUCUUUCUGUUGGUGAUUUGAUUAGAGUUUGUGUUAUAAAAGAUGAUUGGUGGGAGGGUAUUUGUGAACGAACUAAACUCAAAGGUUUAUUCCCAGCUAAUUAUGUUCGUAAACUGAGCAGUGAAGAAACACGGUCAAUGGAAGAAAAGUUAGACAUAAGCGGAUCAACUAAUAACCAAAUGGACCAUAAUGACACAAUUAAUCCUCCAUCUCUAUCAAAAAUAACUCCUAUAUCAUCACCAAAGUUAAUGGAAGCUAAUCCUAAUAAUUGUAUGGCUAGUUUACUUUCUUCAUCAAAUACAUCUUCGACUUCAUCAUCUGGUGUUAUUGUAUGCACUCAACCAGAGUUCGCUCGAGUAAUUGCACCAUACAAAGCUACUUCAGCUGGUCAACUAACUCUUCAACCUGGUCAAGUUGUACAACUUCGUAAAAGAUCACCUAAAGGUUGGUGGGAAGGAGAGUUACAGCAAAGAGGUCAUAUUCGUCAAAUUGGUUGGUUUCCGGCUGAUUUCGUUCGACUUAUUACACCACUGUCAGUGAAUGGAUCGUCUAACUCAUCUGAUCAAAAACUUUUAUCCAAACUGAUAAGUCCUACUAAUAAUCAAAUUGAAAAUACUCCAACUAGUUUGAAAGCAUUAGCAUCAAAAGCAAUUACUACAUCAAAUUCUGUUAACGAUAAUUCUGUACAAAGUCAGCAAACACAAUCAAAUCGUGUGGAAAUGAUGCAAACUAUUUUUAGUUAUAAAGCUGUCCAUGCAGAUGAGUUAACAUUUGAAGAAGGUGCUAUUAUCACAGUACUAGGUCGAGAUGAACCUGAAUGGUGGCGUGGGCGACUUCAAAAUUCUGGAGCAGAAGGACUUUUCCCUGUUAAUUAUGUACGUCCGUACAAUCCUCCUUCACAGACUGAAAAAUCUUCGAAUUCUGUGAAUCAACAUCCUAUUGUUCCUGCACAAAUGGAUACUGAUAUUUCUAGAAAACUACGUGAACGUGAUUUUGCUAUUAAAGAACUUAUCAAAACGGAAUUAGCCUACAAUAAUAGUCUUAUUGAAGUGAGAGAUGUUUUCUAUAAACCAAUGAAGGCAUCAAAAAUGUUAACUUUGCAGCAGUUGAAUGACAUUUUCCCUCAUUGGAAUGAAUUGAUCGAUACUUCAACUGAGUUUUGUCGUGAUUUAAAUGAUUAUGUUAAAGACGAUUCAUCUCCUCAGUUGAUUAGUCGAAUCCUUUUGAAACAUAUCCUUAAAUUUAAAGUAUAUCGUCUAUAUUGUAUUCAACAACGUGUUGCAUGUGAAACUUUACAACAUUGUCUAUCAUCUAAUUAUCGUUUAAAUCAAUUGGUAAAAAUAUUUGAAAAAAAUACUAAAACCAAAGGUUUACCCCUAUCUUCAUAUCUGUUGAAACCAAUGCAACGUAUAACAAAAUAUAAAUUAAUCGUUGAAAAGAUUGCAACAAAUACGCAUAUUUCAUGUCCCGACUACGAUGACGUUGUUAAGGUGAAUAAUUUGAUGUCUGUGCUUUUAAAGUCAAUCGAUGAUGCAAUUGGAUCUAAAGAUAACCCUAAUCGGAUCGACUGGUUCCGUUCACGAUUAAUUGGCGCUGAUAAAUGGCUUUUAGAUUGGUUAUCUGAUAAUACAGCUCAAAAUCCUCAUGAAAGACCAUGUUUAGUUCAUUGUGGUACACUUUAUAAAGCUAAAAACAACCGAGAAUUUAUUUGCUUCUUAUUCAACAAGUAUUUAAUACUAACUACACCAAAUUAUAAUACUAAUGGACGGUUAUUCCAAUCUCCGUCUACAAAUCAAUUGAAUGAAAUAAAAUGGUCGUUUAUAUUAUACAAAGAACCAUUAGCAUUGAAUCAAAUAUAUGUAUUUAAAGGUGCAGUCAGACAAAACUCUGAAUCAACAUCUUCAGUUUUUAGUAGUUACUCAAUAACACCUCAGUCAGCACCAUACAACAAACCUACAAAUGAUGAACUUGUACGAUCAGUAUCCACUUCUACAUUAACUGAAUCAACCGAAAAUUCCAAUAUGAAUAUUAGAUGUCAAUCUGAAAUUGUAAAAUAUUCAACGACAAAUGUAUUCUCAUUAUUUAAACGAAGAAAUUCUUGGCAACCUAUAGUGACUUUAAAAGCUCCAUCAAAUGAACUUUGUGAUCUUUGGGUAUUAAUUUUGAGAGAUCAAAUUAAAGCUGGAAGUAAUUUCUCUAACUCACGUUCUUCUUAUUCACCAUCAUUGAAAAAUGAUUACCCACAACAUUUACUGUUUACGGUUUCAAAAGUUUGCACUAACUCACAAGAUCAAUUUGAAGUUCACUUCAAGAUCAGUAUCACCGAUCAAAUGUGGAAAUUUUGUCAAAUAUUUGCUAAUCAAUCAUUAAUAGAAUUUAAAACUUCUGAAACGUUAAAUUUUCUGAUACCGGAAUCUUUAGAAAAGUGUCUACAUAUCACUGCCUUCAAAUCGUUACCAUUUACUAAUUCAAAUAUAAUUGGAUCGUGUAUUGUACCAUUUUCAAAUAUAUUCAUUAAUUUUCCACCAACUUCAUUUGAAUCAUUUACUAAACAAAUUGAAUUGAAUCAGUCUACCGGUAUGAAAAUGGAAUUCACCAUAGAACUUACCGUUUAACAUCGUCCGUGAUGAUGAUAAUAAUGAUGAAAUAAUUAAUAAUGAUAAUAUAUUAACCGAAUUCCAAUAUAUAUAUAUAUAUAUAUAUAUAUAUAUAUAUAUUAAAUAGAAUGCUCUUUACUUUGCUAUUCUCAUAUUUAUAUGACAUAUUCUUAUGUUUCAUUUGAAUUAUCAUUAAGUCUUAUUUUAUUCCGAAAAGGUUAAACAUGAAUUAUCAAUUUGAUUUUUAUCGAUCUCUUCUACAUAUGGUUCUCCAUAAUUUUAUGGAAUGUGCUUUUUCUCUUUUUCACAUCUAUCACUGAUUCAUUUACAUUAACCUUCAUAGAUUGUUACACUUAUAUGUAUAUUGUACUUAGUGUUCACACUUGUUAUUAUUACUAUUUUUAGCAAGUUCCACAAAAAAUUUACUCCAUAUUUCAAUAAUCCUGUGUACAAAAUUAAGAUCUCAUUUUAACUUUGUCUUUGUCUAUUUGUUCUUCUUCUUUUGUAAUUUAUGAUGGUCUACAAUUUUUGUUAAUAAAAUUUUGUCAGUUAUUCUUUUAUCUUUUCUCUCUCCCUAAUUUUAGUGAAAGUUGUUUUUUAUUGACUGUUCAAAUUACUAUAAAAGAGCAUUUGAUGUUUAGUGAUGUUUACCGAUCUGAUGUAUAUCGAUAUAUUAAUUAAUAUGACUUAUUGAGAUUACUUAGAAUUUGAAAUUAAUGUUUUUUAUGACUGACUACCAGUUAGUAAACUUUUAGGUCGUCAGAUUUUGAUUGAACGAUAUAAAGUGUUAUGCUUUUCUUAAAACAUAAGCGUCAGUUCCCUCAAGAGACUACUGAUGAGUCCCGGUUCUUUCUACUGACUAUCCAGCCACCUAACAUCUCUGCAUAGUCCACGCGAUAUCCAGUCACUAACGCUGGCGGCCACAUUCCAACUUGAUCAAUGGAAUCCGAUCAGUAUCAAGAAGUACUAGACAAGUAUCACACUGAUUACUCAAUCAGUUACAACGUAGAACCUGUACGUAUGUACAUCGGUUCAAGUUGCCAUACCCUAUCAACACUGAGUUAAAAUUGUCAGCCAAAAUCGUAGAGGUAUUAACUGUAUCAGUGGUGAUUGGGGAGAUCGGGCAUUGAAGAUACGACUCAAAAAGAAAACAUAAAUGAGGGAAACAAAAACAAUAAAGGAGUUACAAAGAAUUCGAAAUCUCAUGUUUGCGGUAAGACAAAGAAUGGAUACACCUGCACCACUGUGAACGAUUUUAAGCUGUGUGAUUCAAAGUUUUUAACCAAUAAUUACAAUAAUCACGUUGUUUCUGACCGGGUAGUCUGUACAUAUUAACGUGGCUAGGUCUAAUUGUCACUGACAUGGACUGACGCCAUGUUUUGGCUUGGCCGCAUUGCUCCGGACGCUGAUUGUACGAGGGGGACACCUUACUGCUUCCACAUCCCUCUAUAAACUUCGCUUUCGGGCCUUAAAUUGCUGGUUUCAACCUUGCGUUUCUCGAAUCGACCUGUCUGAGAUGGUAGGACUUAAAGAAACAUGUGUUCUAGCCAAUAUAGCUCAGCUGAGUAAUCAUGAUAGGUGAUCUUUACCUCAUUACUGUCAUACCUUAUUAUUAUUUACUGAUAUUUCUAUUUGAAAAAUAAGCGACAGAGCUACGCAGCCUCACUAACUGAACAUGUAUGAAGCUACUUAGAGGACUUGUUUAUUUUUAUUCAGUAGUUUAUUAAAAUUUUAUAUGAAACAUCAAGUUCGUGAAAAGAAUUCAACUGUUAUUUGUUUUCCAAUAUGUAAAUAGCAUUUAGUUCUCCAAAUCCUUGUCUUUUUUUUAAUUGCUUGUUUUUCAGGAUCCCGCAAUUAUAAAGAAGCU